GACCCCCGCGCGCUCGGGCGCCUCGCGGAGGAGCUCAAGGUGUGGCGCAAGGACCCCCUCCACGGCUUCGUCGCCAGGCCCGAGACCGUGGACGGCGCGGUGAACCUCCUGCGGUGGGAGUGCUCGAUUCCAGGAAAAAAAGACACGCUCUGGUUCAGCGGUCACUACCCGCUCACCAUGGAGUUCAGCGAGGACUACCCGUUCAAGCCGCCCAAGUGCAAGUUCCCCCAGGGGUUCUUCCACCCCAGCGGUGUAUACCCCUCGGGCACCGUCUGCCUCAGCAUCCUGCACGAGGACGAGGGAUGGAGGCCGUCGAUCACGGUGAAGCAGAUCCUGCUGGGCAUCCAGGACAUGCUAGACUCCCCAAACCCUGCCUCGCCCUCGCAGAGCGAGGCGUACUUGCUCUUCAAGAACAACAGGGCUGACUACGACAAGAAGGUGAAGGAGCAGGCGACCAGGUAUCCGGCCCUCUGA